AUGGCGGUGCCUUUCGUUGUUGAGUGGCUUGAAUUGCAAGAAGACCGAGAGUUUCGUGAGCAUCGCGAUGCGUUCCAGAUGCCCGAGGAAAUGUUCCGGUCUCGUUACCGACUCAGCAAAAACUUGGCACGGUGGCUAUGCGAAGAGAUCCGUCCAGUGCUUGUGCGAGAGCGUGUGAACACUGCCACAGCGUUGACUGUAGAAAUGCAGGUACUGUGCGCGCUUCGCUUCCUUGCCACAGGCGGAUUUCAAGGUGCGAUUGCCAGCGAUGAAAGCUUGGCUACUAGUCAAUCUAGUGUAAGCCGCUCGAUUCACGCAGUCGUCGAGGCGAUCGUGGACUGCAUCGGUGACGCGUGGAUCUCGUUUCCGGACAGCGCAGCGGCAUUGACUUCUGCAUCCGAAGCGUUCGUGCGCAGGGACUGCAGAUUCCAAGGUUGCGUCGGGGCUGUGGACGGCACAUUUGUGUGCAUACGCGCACCAUCGGACAGGGACGUUGCCAACAAGGCGGCUUACUUCUGCCGGAAGGGCUAUUACGCCUUGAACGUCAUGGUGGUAAGUCUUUAUGAAACAAAUGUAAGUAGUUCACAACACAAUUUUUUGCAGGUAUGCGACGGAAGUCUGAAAAUAACAGCCCUUGAAACGUCGUACCCGGGAUCUGUGCACGACUCAUUCGUGUGGAAAGCGUCAAGCCUGUACAGAGAGUGCCGUUCUGGGAGCCUCCUUGAUGGUGGUGAAUACCUGCUCGGUGACAGCGCAUAUCCACUGCAGCCAUGGCUUGUCACACCCGUUCCUGGUAGUCACAUCUCUGGCAGUCCUGCAGCUGCAUUCAACGCUGCCCACUCUUCGCUGCGGUCACUUGUGGAGCGCUGUAUUGGUGUCCUUAAGAUGCGCUUCAGGUGUCUGCAGCGGCACCGGGCGCUCUACUAUGGGCCAGUGUUCACAUCAAAAAUCAUUGCAGCCUGCGCAGUGCUGCACAACUUGUGCAUACGUGCUGGGCUUCCAGAGCCAGAUGACACCUCUGGCAUCGACAACAUUGCUGGAGACGCAGGAACAUAUGAUGACGAAGAUUUGGCUGCGGCGGGACUCUACAGGGCGGGCAGGCAAAAGCGUGACAGGAUGCUGCAGAUGUUCUGAACAGGCCAGCAGUUCACCACAUCUGAGUAGUCACCCUGCAAAUGGCAGCCAUAAAGAUUGUAUAUAGUCAGUGCAAGCACACAUUAAAAAAAUUUUUUUUCGUUCGUUGCGGCAAGACGCAGCAUAUUUCGGUAGCUAGUGUCCUAUUGUGUAAGUGGCAGGUAGUCAACGACAGUUGUUAUUUUCUUCACGCGACUGUAGUGUGAAAUUUAAUGUACUCUUCAUUUUUCAUAGAGCACAAGAGUGAUUAUAUAGAGGAGAAGAGUGAUUAUUUUGUUUUUAUGUGCCACAAGAUUCCGUGUCAUUGCACACUAUGAUAGCGGCAAAAAAUAUAAGAAGCCUCCAGUAUGCUCCAUUUCUGUCCAGUAUUUAUGCAAGACGACAGACCAUUGGUGGUUUGUUUUUCUACAUGCCGCAGUAACUUGUGCUCCUGGCGAUGCACUCGUUUUAUAUUUCUGACCCUUCACGCUGAGCAAGGAUAUGUAAACUCUCAUGAGCAGGAU